AUGACCACGACAACGCUGGAGAAGUCUCCGGCGAGACCUAUCUCCGUCAACGAUUGGGACGUUCUCAUCGAAGACUUCCGAGACGCCGGCGCUCCUCGAGACUGGUUCACCUCCGUCUUCUCGAUUGAUUCUCUGGUGGACUUCGCUCUCUCUUCUCUCCUGAAGAAGGAAUUUCCUUCGCAAGUGAAGCUCUCAAUCCUUGUCUUUCUCGACGAAUUUUUCGAGAUUUUGUUUGAUAAAUGUGGUGACGAGACCUUUGAUCGUUUCAUCGAUGCUCUUCGUGCGAUCGUGCAAUCUCCGACGGAUGGAUCUUCUGGAUUGAAAGAGCAAGCUAUGAUCUCUUUCACGUCGGUGCUAGUAUCGAUUGAUUCUUUCUCCGUACGUCACGUUGAAGCAGUUGUCGACUUGCUACUAGCCCUCGUUAAUCGUCCCAACCAUGGGUUUGACCGACAAGCUCGUGCCAUCGCUUGUGAGUGCUUACGUCAGCUAGAGAAAGCCUUUCCUGGUUUGCUCUCCGACGUCGCUGGUCAUCUUUGGUCGCUGUGCCAAGCGGAGAGAACCCAUGCCGUGCAAGCUUACCUUCUCUUGUUCACCACUGUUGUCUACAACGUCGUCAAUCAAAAGCUUAAGGUUUCACUUCUUAGUACCUCUGUGCCUCUGGUGCCUUUCAAUGCUCCCAAUUGGAUGCAGGAAGAGAGUUCGAUUUCAGGUCAAGGUCAAGGGUCGGGGCCAGAUCAGAAGGAGCUAAGACGAACACUGGCUUUUAUGUUGGAGUCGCCGUAUCUAUUCACGUCUUGUGCUAUGAUGGAGUUUAUGGGUAUGGUAGUGCCACUUGCAUCGGCAUUGGAGUUACAGGCCUCUAUGUUGAAAGUUCAGUUCUUGGGGAUGAUUUAUUCGUUUGAUCCAAUGCUUUGUCAUCUUGUCUUACUUAUGUAUUGUCAAUUCCCUGAUGCGUUUGAGGGACAAGAGAAAGAGAUCAUGAGAAGGCUUAUGCUUCUCUCUAAGGAGACUCAGAUCUAUCUUGUUUUCCGCUUGCUUGCGCUUCACUGGUUAAUGGGUUUGUUGAAUAAGCUUAUGUUGAGUGGCGAGCUCGAGAAGAGGAAAUCGGUUCUUGAGAUGGGUCAGAAGUUUCAUCCUGUUGUUUUUGAUCCACUCGCUUUGAAAGCGUUGAAGCUUGAUCUUCUGGUACAAUGCUCUGUUAGUUCCAAUGCUUUGAGUGGAGGUGAUAACAAAAAAUCUGCAGGGGAGUUGUUGCAGGAAUGUUUGGUAUCGGUUUCAGAUUUCAAAUGGUUGCCUCCCUGGAGCUCAGAAACUGCACUAGCACUCCGCACUUUACACAAGUUUCUGAUAUGUGCCUCUACACAUUCCGACUCUGACCCUUCCACCACUAGAAGCCUUAUGGAGUCUAGCCUGUUCCAAAACUUGCAGGGGUUGCUGGUAGACAUGACUUUGGAAUAUCAAAUCUUGGUCCCUGUUAUUGUGGCUUUUAUUGAGCGGUUGAUAAACUGUCAAAAGCAUCAGUGGUUAGGAGAACGGUUUCUUCAGACAAUCGAUGAGAGACUGCUUCCCAAACUUGAGAAAAACAAUUUGUUAACAGCUUACUUCCCGCUUUUCCAUCGGAUUGCCGAGAAUGAUACAAUACCUCCUUCUCGAUUGAUUGAGUUGCUUACGAAGUUUGUCGUUUCACUUGUUGGUAAGCGCGGGUUUGAUGUGGGAUUGAAAUUGUGGGAUCAGGGAACUGAAGUUCUUGGCAUUUGUCGAACACUGUUGAGUCAUCAUAAGAGCUCUAGAUUAUUUCUUGGACUCUCUCGUCUUCUUUCCCUCACGUGUCUUUAUUUCCCUGAUCUGGAGGUCCGAGACAAUGCUAGGAUAUAUCUGAGGAUGCUGGUGUGUAUACCAGGACGGACGAUAAAGAACAUUUUGAAGCCUGCAGACACUGUGUCUCCAUCAACUCAUUCAUCUACAUUUUUUACAGUCCAAAGUCCUCGUUUUCGUCAUGAUCCUAACAAAUCUAGGAGCCUUUCAUCCUAUAUUCAUCUUGAACGGGUUACGCCCCUACUCGUGAAACAGUCAUGGUCGUUGUCUUUACCAUCUGUAGGUGUUGGAAAUGAUGGAUAUAGCAUUAUCGAAAGCAAAAUUCAGGUUGAUGAAAUUGAGCCGGAUAGCAGUCAAGAACUCCAGAUUUUGCCAGACUCUCGAAGAAUUGAAUCAGGAAAGCCCACAUUAAGGGUGAUGGACGCAAAAAUUGCAGAGAUUCUUGAAAGGUUAAGAAGAUAUUUCUCAAUAAUUCCUGAUUUCAGACACAUGCCUGGAAUUAAGGUUAGGAUAACCUGUAGUUUGAGAUUGGAUGCUGAACCAUAUAACAGCACAUGGGGCGGUCAAACCGAGAGUACCGAGUUAGAUAAAGUCGACUCACCUCCUGCAAUAUUCGCGACCGUGCUCAAAUUUUCUUCUUCAGCACCUUAUGGCUCUAUUCCAGCGUGCCGUAUACCUUUCCUUCUCGGUGAGCCUCAUUGGAACAAGAAUGUACCCGAUGAUGAAGGUUCUUUGGACAUUGUCUUGUUAGAAAACACACCUAAAGAGGAGAAAAAAGAUGGCUUGGGAGGAGCACCUGUAACAGUUGAACUGGAACCUAGAGAACCAACACCGGGUUUGGUCGAGGUUUUCAUGGAAGCAAACGCAGAGAAUGGCCAGAUGAUUCAGGGUAAACUCGAGAGUGUCCCUGUGGGGAUCGAAGACAUGUUCUUGAAAGCUCUUGCCCCACCCGACGAACCUGAAGAUACAAUACCGAGCUACUACUCAGAUCUAUUCAAUGCUUUAUGGGAAGUGUGCGGUUCUUCAUCCAGCACUGCACACGAAACAUUUGCACUAAAAGGAGGCAAAACCGCAGCAGCAAUCAGCGGGACUCGGUCAGUGAAACUGCUAGAAGUCCCUGCAGAAAUUGUUAUACAGGCAAGCGAGCUUCAUUUAGCUCCCUUUGUGGUGGCUAUCAUCGGAGAACAGCUUGUCAACAUUGUAAGAGACGGAGGAAUCAUCGAGAACAUCAUGUGGAAGGAGGAAGAAGAAGAAGGGGAUCACACAAAUGCGGACCGGUCUACUUCUUCCUCAGCAGGGGCCACAGGAUCAAACCGAGGUCCUCUUCGUCUAACGUACAUUGGAUAUGGAGAUGAUCAAGAGGUUCCGAUGACGAGGAGCAGAGGGAAAAUGGGAAAGAUAAAGAUGCUGAUGUUUUUGCCGCCGAGAUAUCAUCUGCUGUUUGAAAUGGAAGUUGGUGAAGGAUCGACAUUGGUGCAUAUAAGAACAGAUCAUUGGCCUUGCUUAGCUUAUGUUGAUGAUUACUUAGAAGCUUUGUUUUUGCAGUAG